AACUUAAAAUGAACGAUGAAUCAUAUAUUUCUGUGUGUGUGCUCGCAAACCUCACGAUGUGAAGCAUAUUACAGUGGAUACUUGAAGAGUUUCCCCAAACUAACACCUCCCCUCUCCUCCGUCUUUAAAGUGGUCUGCUCCGUCUUGCUGCCAUGUUGGAUGUACGCAUCGCUGCUGCAGCUGCUGGAGUUUCCGAAUGAAAGUUGAGCGUUUAUCCGCGUACGGACACGUAGCGACUCCUUCAUUUUUUAUUUAACACCAACACGGAGGAGUUAUUGUUCUUUCCUGAGCAAGAGCAAGCCUGGAAAACAGCUCCCCGUCCUUCUCCGCCCUCCAGCCCGGAGUCGGACUCAGCGGAGAUGAUCCGGUUGCAGGCCAUAGCAACCGGAGCCCGCAUGGAUUUUCUGUAAUUGGUAGUGUUUGCCGAGUCCGUCCGGGGAAAACUGCAUCGUUUAGUGGGGUUAACUAGAAGACUUCGGAGCCAUGAACAGCCACCAGCCGCCCCGAAGGUCCGCUAACGUCGGCUCCAUCCUCCUGACCCCGCAGGAAAACGAGUGCCUGUUCGGCUACCUGGGAAGAAAAUGCGCCACUCUGUGUUCGGCAGUGGUCCAGGUAUACUGUGCAGACCGGAGCUGCAACUGGGUGAAGAGGUGCUGUGGAGUGGCCUGUCUGGUCAAAGACAACCCUCAGAGGUCCUACUUCAUCAGAGUGUUUGAUAUCAAGGAAGGGAAAACCAUGUUUGAACAAGAACUGUACCACAACUUCUCUAUCAGCAGCUCCAGAUCCUACUUCAUCAUGUUUGCAGGCGAUACCUGUCAGAUCGGUCUGAACUUCGCCAGCGAAGAGGAGGCCAAAAGAUUCAGAGCGGCAGUUAACGACCUGCUCAACCGACGACAACGCAAAACUGAGAAGAGAGGUGACACUAAAAAUGGUCCAGCUCUGCACAUGGCCGUGGUGGACAUCAAGAACCCGGAGAUCAACAACGUCCGAUUCCACAACUCCCACAGCCACCAGCAGCCGUACCACCUCAACAACAUGCUGAGCCACAGCGGGCUAUCCCGGAAGGACAAGAAGACCAAAGGCAAGAAGAAGAAGCUGACGAAGGCUGACAUUGGCACGCCCAGCAACUUCCAGCACAUCGGUCACGUGGGCUGGGAUCCAAACACAGGUUUUGAUCUCAACAACCUGGAUCCUGAACUGAAGAACCUGUUCGACAUGUGCGGCAUCUCUGAGGCUCAGCUGAAGGACCGAGAGACGUCCAAGGUCAUCUACGACUUCAUCGAGAAGAAAGGAGGGGUGGAGGCUGUCAAAAACGAACUGAGGAGGCAGGCACCCCCUCCACCUCCUAUUCGUGGCGGUCCCCCUCCUCCUCCUCCGCCCCCCCACAGCUCAGCUACACCCCCUCCUCCUCCCCCGUCAAGAGGAGGCAGGGGGGCCCCUCCUCCCCCUCCGCCGUCGAGAGCCCCUGCCUCAGCUCCUCCUCCUCCUCCCCCCACUAGACCAGGAACUCUAGGUGCCCCGCCUCCUCCACCUCCUCCCACCAGGGGAGGUCACCAGCCCCCUCCUCCCCCCCACCAUCACCACCACCACCACCAGCCUCCCCCUCCUCCUCCUCAGUCUUCCUUGCACUCGUCCAUUGCUCCGCAAGCCCCACCCCCUCCACCUCCCCCAUUGGCCCAGCACUCUCCAGUAGGCAACGGAGGCGGCGCGGCUCCUGCUCCACCACCUCCGCCGCCGCCUCCACCUCCCCCUCCGCCCCCAGAGCUGGAUGGCGGUGGAGGCGGAGACUCCCCUCAUUCGCCAAGUCCCGGCGGGAAGUCGGCACUGCUGGAGCAGAUUAGAGGAGGAGCCCAGCUGAAGAAGGUGGAGCAGAACCACCGAGCGCCGGCUUCCGGGAUUGGACGGGACGCCCUGCUGGACCAGAUCCGACAGGGAAUCCAGCUCAAGACCGUGCCAGAUAAUCCAGAGUCCGGCCCUCCAACGCCAGCUCCCACCGCGGGCAUUGUCGGCGCUCUGAUGGAGGUGAUGCAGAAGAGGAGCAAAGCCAUCCAUUCCUCAGACGAAGACGAGGAUGACGACGAAGACGAGGACUUCGAAGACGACGACGAGUGGGACGACUAGUGAAGAUUUCUCUCCUCAACCCCGGUCCCUCCGCACCUACCGCUGACACUAAAAUAUCUUCUAAAAAUCUUCCAGCAUCUGACUAAAAUGUUGUAAAUGUUGUAUGAAUUGGCUGUAUAUUUAUUUUUGCCUUUUUGUUUUGUUUUUUUUUGUUUUUUUUAUGACCAUUAUAAUUAAUCUGUGCAAUACCUCAUCCGUUAAAUCUGUGUUGUUCGUUACACACCCUCAUCGUUAAAAGACACUUUCCCCCGGACGUCUGUCAUAAAAAAGCACUUAACACCGCCAUCAGCACAAUGUGGAGACACCGCCGGCGUCAUGUCAUUAUCAAUAAUCAAUAAUAUAAACACUAGCUGCACCACUGAGGGGAAUCUGAAUUGCGGUCUUCUUGUGCUCCUUGGGAAAUAUUUUUUUUGUGUUCAUUUCUUCGUGUUUUCAUUCCUCGUGGAAAAACAAACUGAAAGGGAGACGUACGUGUGACCAAACAGGCAGGAUCCUCUUUGUGUUUGACUGUGGUCGGUUUAAAUGCGAGAUAACACUAUUUUCUUACCGUGCUUCUUUUCGUACCUCCGAGUUUCCUAAUAAAUCGUAGUUUAGUCGUGUUAUUUUUUCAUAAAUACUUUGACCAAAAUGCGGCGGCGGCUCAGUCGCCUCAUGUGGAUUUUCAACUUUUUUUUUAU